UUGAUUUUGCUUGCAAGCGCACAAAGUCGCGCGCUGAACAGCAAAGUAACUUGUAUCGCCCUCUGGUCUUAAAAGUAUGUACUUUUGUGGUUCAUGACUAGAGUUUUAAAUUGAGAUGUUUUUAAAACUUUUAUCUUCCUUUAUUAAGUAAACAAAGCGGAGUCGGAGAUUACCCGGUAAUUUUAUCCCGAGUACCUGAUCAUCUGAUAGAUAGUUUUUGAAUAAAAUUGAGAUAAAAAUAAGUAACGUUAUAAAUACAACGGAUGUUGUGUGUCUGCAUAUGGUGUUUUACCUUUUAAAUGAACAGUAAUGCCUAUGUACUUGCAUAUUAGUGCAACCACCAUGAUGCAGCUUAGAAAUUUUUUUCAGAAGAAAAAAUGAUCUGGUGAACUUUUGGAUUGCAACUUACAAUGGAUGUGGUUACUUAAAGAACUGUUAUGCAUAUGGUUGCUAGAGUUUGGUGACUUCUGAAAAUUUUGUGACUUUUACUAAGGUGGUUGCAAUAAUGUGGUUGCUCUAGAAGUAUCUUAUUAGAAUAAAUUUGGGAUUGGUGAUUUCGGGAAUAAAAUUGGCAAUUGUGUUGGAAUCAACAGAGAAGCAUCUUUUUGCUGUAACAGAAGCAUUAAUGAUAAGUGUUAAUGGGCUGUGCAAAAAAUGGCAGGAAAGUCAAAUGUAUUCGAAAGUAAGGCCACAUAUUAUAAUCCGGCUAGUAAGAAGUGGGAGACAGGUGUAUUCACUUUGAACAAAAACUUUUUUCAGUUUGUAAGUGAUAGCAAUAACAGCGAUCAGCUUCAUCUCUAUUUUCCUUUAAGCACAAUCAGUGGCUUAGAGAAGCGACAGUCAAGUUUAAUAUAUGCUGCUCUGGUCAUAAGUGUUGGCUCAGAGAAACACUGGUUUGCCUCCUUUCCAAGCAGAGACUGUGUAUAUAAUUUAGUUGAGUUAUUUUGGAGAGAAUCAUUGCUUUCUAGGCCUAUUAAAACUCCAAGUUCUCAAAAAGCUAAAGCUAAUUCCGCUUUAGGGAAAGAACUUCUAAAUAUUCUGUAUGAAUCUGAAAACACAUUAGUUGAUGCGGCCAAUACAUUAUCCGAUCAAGGAAGGCAGCUUCAUGAAGCUCAGAAUGAAAUCAAAGAUAUUAAUGAAGACAUAACUGUAGCUGAAAAAUUUUUAAAAAUGCAUUUUUCACAAGCUAUUGUGAAAAUGAGUGCAACAAAUCCCAAUGUGAAUGAAACAAAUCAAGAAUCGGAGCAAAGAACAAAGAAAUAUAAAGUGACGUUUUCUUUUUCGGGAAUUUCAAAUGACAAUAAUAGUUGGCAAAAAGGAACUCUACUUAUUUCUGAUGAUGUGAAGUUAUUAGAUGAACACUACCAUGGCGUAAUACAGAUCACACAAGAUGAACUGGAAACAUUUCAGGUACUGUCACCCUGGGAGCUUAGUAUUACGUAUUCAACUAACAGCAGAAUACACUCUUGUUAUUUGAUGUGUCCACAGCUUUCAAGGCUUCUAAAAUUCUUAUCAAUUUCCUCUUUUAAAACUAAAAUAGUGUUUGAGGAUGAUACUUCCUCUGCUUAUGAAACAGCAUCAAGUUCAUCAUCAUAUGUAACUUCAGAACAAGCCUAUGAAAUUCAUCGUGGCAAGGAGUGCAAGAUUGAUGAAAAUGAACUUUUGGGUUCUCCAUUUUUAUCACCUCAAUAA